CACUUCCUCGACCCCACCCUGCGCAUCUGGAUCCACACGACGCCGAUGUCGGAGGAUUGCCUCUACCUGAACGUCUGGACGACGAAGAUCGACACCAACUGGCGGCCACCGUCUCUUGCUUCGUUCGUCGUCAAGGAGGCCAAUAACACGUUGAGGCAGGUAGGCUACUCGAUCAGGUCGCCCCCUCGGACUAGUCUCUUUACUCGUCCUCCAUUCACAGACAGACCAGUUGUGAUGUUGGCACCGCAGACAGUUUACUCUUCAUCCGCCCUUGGCCAGCAUCAAUACUAA